CUUAAAUUAAAAUAACAAUAGAAUAGAUGAUGAAGAAAAAAUGAAAAGGUUAAAUGAGCAGCAUUCAUUAUCCACUUAUGCUCAAUCAUACAAAUAAAGAAUAGAGAUAAGCAGUUGAGAUACAACAAAAGGAUUAUUAAAGAGAUUUGGGUUUCUAAAAAUGAUGUUUCAUAAAAAACAAUAGAUGUGAAGACUGAUGGUAAAAGAAUUGAAUAUGAAGAAUAUUUAAGAAUGGGAUUAGCUAAUCAUAUGUGAAUUGAUGAUGAUUUGGGACCAAAAAAAGAGGAACAAAACCAGCAAUAAGCAUAAAUAGACUUAUGAUGUUUAAUUUGAAAUCCAUUUAAUAUUGAAAAAGUACUAAAAGAAGGUGAGCUAGAAUUAGCAAAGAAAUGAAAAAGAAAAUGGUUCAAGGCUUCUUUUAAUUAACUAUAAAGUAAUAUUUUUAUUUAAAUAUUUUUAGAUAUCAAGAGAGGAUAAAUUUUAAAAUAUUUUGAAAUUAAUUUACUUACAAAGCCUUAUACUUUUAUAUAUUAAGAGAAAAAAAAAUCUUGGAAGAAGAAAAAUUAUGAAAAAGAAAAAAUCUUAAAACUUAAACAAAAAAUUGCUUUAGAGAUGA